AUGCAUACAGUGCGUGUUGAUGGCAAGAAGGAUGAAAGUACUAAAAAGCAGAAUGUGCUGGUAGAUGAAGCCAAGAAACUUCUAUCCAUUUCAGUACCAAAGGAUGAAAUACAGGAGAGAGUGCUUAAAUAUUUCUCGGAGUAUGGGUACUACAGUGCGUUUGUUAUAUUCAAGAGAGAAAUAGGCUCAACAAUGUCUCCCUCUCCUUUAUUGAAGGAAAGAGAGGAAAUACGCCUUCUUUCUGGAAAUGGAAAGUUUUUGCAGGUACUUGCUGCAACACAAAAACUGCAUCCGUGUCUUUUUUUCAACAGUCCAAGAAUUGCCUUUGAUAUCAUAAAGCAGGAUAUUAUGGAAGACUUAUACAUCCGCAUAGGAUCAGAGGGCUGUGCUCUUGCCCGGGUUGAAAAAGAGCUUUCGCCAAUUGUUCUGGAGAACACAGAUCUUCUUCCUUGCCUUGAGGAAUUAGUAAGCUCUAUUCUAUUCGGCGAGUCUUCUCCUGAAGAAGUCGUGGUUCAGAGAGAUGUGAUCUUUUCUAGUAUCAAUCAUCUUCUUUUGAUGUCUGUUGACUAUGUCAUGCAAAAUUCUAUUAAGGCCUUGUUAAUGGGAAUCUCAGUAGCUUCUGAAACUCCUGAAAUAAUAAAUAUUACAAAAGGGUGCAAAAUGUUCCAAAAUAUACUGAGUAGUCUUUCUCUAUAGACUAUACGCAGAAUAAACAUCUAGUAAAUCCUGGCU